AUGAUGUUCUUGAAGGAGUCGACAACCAUACCUUUACCCAAGUUGAAUAAUUCAGACGUUUCGAAAUCUUCGGUACCAGGGUUCGUCAGACCAUCACAAGAGGUAACAAGACACGAAUCUCUUCCGGUCACAAGAACAAAACAAGGUUUUGACCCUAAUGCUUAUAAGCUCAUGUCAAAGGCAGGUUAUGACUUCGGCUUAUCUUCUUCGAUGGGAGAGCUUAAUCCAGAUGUCACAGGAGAAAGGAAGCAUGGCCUUAGCGAAACCCAAAAGAAGUUGAAGGAGCAAGGUUACACAAUUGACUCAGUUAGAGCAGGCCUAGGUUUUACUCUUGUCGCACCUAUCAAGAUCUCUGCUAGAAGAAAACAAAAGAAAGCAGAAGCUCAACAUAUUAGUGUCGAAGCGGUUGAGGAGGAAGAAGAACCAAAGGCUGUUAAGAGAGCCUCAGUGUUCGACCGUUUAGCCAAGCCUACCCAGCGGACCUCAAUUUUCAGCCACAUCAAAGAAUCAACAUCACGACCUUCUGUGUCCAAAAGGAUAACUGGGCAUGAUAGCCAAAUGGGAAUUCGAUCAGCCCCACGCAGAUCAGCGCUAGAAAGACUUGGGGUUCCAAGCAAGUCGUCUGAAGAGAAAAAUCAGCAAGAAUUGAAAACUAGAGUUCAUGUCGAUUCAACGGAAGACAAUGAAAUUCGGAGCUUAAUCCUGUCACAUAUGAAACGUCACUCUACAUUAGACGUAACUUCAGAAGCGGAGGUUCUAGUUGUUCAUCACGUUACGAUCAAAGAGCUCGACGAAGAGGAACCUUUCGAGGAGGAGGUUCAUGAUGCUCGUGCUGCAUUAGAAGAUGGAGGCCAAGCGACUGUUGAUGAACUAAAAGAACUCAAUCUGGGCACAAAUGAAGACCUAAGACCUAUCUUCGUUUGUGCACUUUUGAAUCUUAGUGAAAAGGAGUCUUAUCAUCAACUGCUACUUGAGUAUAAAGAUGUCUUUGCUUGGACGUACAAGGAGAUGCCAGGCCUUGAUCCGAAGGUUGCUGUACAUCACCUUGCAGUCAAACCUGGAACACGCCCAAUCAAACAAACUCAACGUCACUUCCGUCCAGAGCUCCUAAGUCAAAUCGAAGCAGAAGUUGACAAGUUGAUCGCCGCCGGAUUUAUUAGGAAGGUGAAAUACUCGACGUGGAUAGCGAACAUCAUUCCGGUGAAGAAGAAAAUCACUGGACAAAUUCGUAUUUGUGUUGACUUCCGAGACUUAAACAAGGCUUGCCCGAAGGAUGACUUUCCAUUGCCCAUAAUUGAGCUUAUGGUUGAUGCAACCACAAGUCAUGAAGCCUUAUCUUUCAUGGAUGGUUUAUCUGGAUACAAUCAAAUAAGAAUGUCGCCAGAGGACGAAGAACUCACAGCCUUCCGCACUCCGAAAGGAAUUUACUGUUACAAAGUGAUGCCAUUUGGCCUCAAGAAUGCAGGUGCGACCUAUCAACGUGCAAUGCAAAAGAUCUUUGGUGACAUGCUUCACAAGAAUGUCGAGUGCUACGUUGAUGACCUGGUGAUCAAGUCAAAAAGAAGAGAAGAUCACUUGAAAGACUUGAGAAUGGUGUUUAACAGAUUGCGGAAAUACUAA